AUGAGGAAGGUGGACUUCAAUGUCCGCAACGACUACGAGUUUGUGGGGAAUUACAAGGAGCUACAGCAGGCCUUUAACAAGCAUGGCAUUGAUCGGGCAUUCAAUGUGGCGGCGCUGAGCAAGGGGAAGCUGCAAGACAACAAUGAAUUCAUGCAGUGGUUCAAGGGAUACUGGGACAGCGUGACGGGCGGACUCGAGAUAGACGACUACGAUGCUCUGGCGCGCCGCCAGAGCUGCAAGACGGGGGACUGGAAAAAGUGGUCGGCCGCGGCGCCGGGUGCGGCUCCCCGCCCUGCCGCCAGGGCUUCCUCCGCCGCCCCCGACACAAUCGCAGCCUACCGACGAGGCAGCGCGGCACCCGCCGCGAGGGCCUCCUCCGGCCUCGCCUCAAAUGCCAAGUCCGAGGCCAAGGCCGCACUGCUCACCAAGGCAGAGCUGAGCGGGAUGACGGAUGAACUGGGAGCCCUGAGGGUCGAGGUGGAGGAUCUCAAGGACGAGAACGAGGACCUACGGGCAAAGCUGCACACCCUGGAGCACGAACGCGAUUUCUACUUCAACAAGCUGCGGGACGUGGAGAUCCUGUGCCAGUGGCCGGAAGUCGCCGCCGCCAAGCCGGUGGUCGAGGUGAUAGAGAACAUCCUGUUUGCAGCGGACGCGGAGGAGGGAAAGCAGGUGAUGGAGGAGGCUGCCACGCGCUUCGCGGCGACCCCUACCAUGGCAGCAGAGGCUUGA